AUGAGACAGUUUGGGCCCGGCCGAACCCAGGGGUGGGGCUUGAACUUCCUCGGCCGAGAGAUCUUUGCCAAAAUUGUAGCCUUCACCAUGACGACUUCAGCGUUAACCUCAUGCUACAUCACCACCUCAUCGGGGACCAAGACUCACUACCUCCUCGCCGGCGACCGAUCUGGACCGCCCCUCGUCUGCCUCCACGGUCUAGGAGGCUCGACUGAAACUUUCUUAAGACUCUUGCCAGUUUUACCCAGUUCCUGCAACAUUGCCUUGGUUGACUUUCAAGGUUUCGGCAAGACACCGCUGGCCGAUCGAACGAAAAAGCUCACAAUCGCCGGCCAUGUCGCCGACCUACAUGAUCUCCUCGCAUCUCUCCAAGAUUCUCCCCACAAGAAAAGGAAGAUCAGCAAAACCAUCAUCAUCGGCCACUCCCUUGGCGCCAUCGUCGCGCUGCACUACGCAGCCCAGCAUCCCGACACGAUUGCCGGCCUCGUCCUCCUCGGUCCCGGUCGAGCCAUCGGACAUAUCCCUGCAGCCCGCCAUCGCAUGCUUGACCUCGCUGCAGACGUGAGGGAGAAGGGAAUACUGUUUGGAGCGGAAAUGGCAAUCAAGUCGAACUUCUACGAGGACACACCCGACCGCUCGGCCGACCCUGUGGCGCGAGAUGCUGUCCGCGAAAUAGUUGCGGCAUCGGAUCCGGAGGGAUAUGCUCAGACGUGCGAGGCGCUUGUAGACUUGGAGCAUGCGGACCCUGACUAUGCGGUCAUCAAGUGUCCCGCCGUCUUCAUUGCCGGAGACAAGGACACGAUUAGUCCUGCUGAACGAUCUCAGGAGCUUAGCAAACUAUUGGGUGGAGAAAGCUGGGUUGAAGUUGCGAAGAGUGGACACCAGCCAAUCCUCGAGGAUUUGAAAGCUGUAGAGCAAGCUUUCACAAAGCUACUUGAGAAGGUGAGGAUCUAG